CCCGAGAGCAGUGGAUAAGUGACCAUAAGAGAACCAUGAAGCAUCACUGCACUCUUAAACAUGACAUUUUUAAAGAGUUCUUGGCUGAGUUUCUUGGGACAUUUGUGCUGGUGUUGUUUGGCUGUGGCUCUGUAGCUCAGACCGUCCUAAGCAGGAAUACACUGGGUGAACCACUCACUGUCCACCUCGGCUUCACCACUGGACUCGUGAUGGGUGUCUAUAUCGCUGGUGGGGUUUCAGGGGGUCAUUUGAACCCAGCAGUAUCUCUGGCCAUGGUCAUACUGGGUAAAUUGAAGAUCUGGAAAUUUCCAGUUUACGUCUUUGCACAGCUCCUGGGAGCCUUUACUGGAGCUGCUGGAGUGUUUGGACUAUAUUAUGAUGCGUUUAUGGAGUUUACCAGUGGACUUCUGUCAGUAACAGGCAUUAAUGCCACCGGACAUAUUUUUGCCUCUUACCCUGGACGACAUCUCACAAUACUUGGAGGGUUUGUGGACCAGGUGAUUGGAACAGGCAUGCUGGUGUUGUGUAUCCUGGCCAUAACCGAUAACAGGAAUAUUGGAGCUCCUAAAGGAGUGGAGCCUCUGGCCAUUGGCCUGAUCAUCCUGGGCAUCAGCGUGUCCAUGGGCAUGAACUGUGGAUACCCACUGAACCCUGCCAGAGACCUUGGUCCACGACUCUUCACUGCUAUGGCUGGUUGGGGCAUGGAGGUGUUCAGCACUGCAGAUCACUGGUGGUGGAUCCCUGUGUUCGGGCCUUUGGUAGGAGGCAUCACCGGAGCUGUAGUGUACUUCCUACUGAUUGAGCUGCACCACUCGGACCCCACAGAGAAAUCGCAGCAAAAACCUGAGGAAGAGGAGGAUGAAGAUGAGGAUGAAGACAGCAGCCUGAGAGACAAAUAUGAAAUGAUAACGAUGGGCUGAACAGAUAAUCAUUGACUAUGAAGCAAAUUAAGAAAAGUGAUAUUCAUGUGCUCCAGCUGGCCCAGUCUAGACUCUCGACUCUCACUUUAGUUCUCAGACUUUCAUUUGUUUGUUGUCAGGAAGCAAGUUGAGCCCGGGAUUAAAGUGAGUUGCCUAGUAUUUAACAGAUUAUAUCUUUGUACAUCUUUACAAGAAACCUGCUUCUUGGAAAUACAUUUAUUAUGAGCUCAAAACCUCAUGAGAAUUCAAAAUCAAUCAAUCAAUCAAUCCUUUGUGAUAUAAUAUAUUUCCCAAGUAUACUGGAAAAAUAAAAGCUGACAAAAAUGUAGUAAACCUAAACAAAUAAGGUCAUUGUAACAUAAGUAUUAGGUUCUAUACUUAUUAUUAUACUUAUUAUUUCUACUUUUUCAUGGUUUGUGUAGUUCACAGUUUUUUUUUUUUUUUUAAAUGUUUAGUCUUUUCAAAUAAAUAUAGAGUAGUUUGUAGUAAUGCUUAGUCAUUAAAAGUUGAUUAAAAUAGUAAAUGUAUUUAAUUUGAUUGUAGUAAAAAAAAAAACUACAUAGUGACAAAAAUCAACAUAGUGAUCCCUGUUUGUGUUUAUUACAUGUCCUUAAUCAUCUUUGCCACUCAGUUAUAGAAAUUUUGUAAUAAAGCGCUUUCUGUUCAUUUAUGUGUAUAAACUGGUGUGUUCUGAUAAAAAAAAAACAUCAAAUCUUUUCCAAAACUACCUAAGACUGUUACUUGUUCAUUAUCACACUCAUCAGUCACACUCAUAAGCUAUUCAUCUAAACAUAAAUUCUCAGAACUGCCAUUAUUGAUCAUAUUAGCACUGGAACAGUUCUUCUCAUCUAUUUUCCAUGUGGUUGCACAUGAACUGCACUACAA